AUGGUGUACGACUGGGCAGGAAAGCGGGACAUCUGCUUCCAGAUGUACAUCCAAGAGAAGAAGGCACUAGAGGAAAUUAUGGAAUACAUGCGGAAUUACUACCAGUUUUCGCCGAGUAAACGUGCCUACCAGACUCAAUUUAAGCGAUGGGGGUUCCCUUCGAAGCAAAACCCCGCUCAUAAGAACAUGGAAUUAGUCGCCCGCGUCAAACAACUAUGGGAACACAAUACGAACCAGCGAGAUAUGCUCCGCAUUCUAAACGACGAGGGAUUCGAGAUCAAGGAACGAGAAUUAAUGCGUGUGCGCGCCAAGAAUCGAUGGUUACUCCGCGUCCCCAAUGGGAUGAAGACUCAACAGAAUGUGCCGACGCAAGAAACGCAACCAGAAGAUGAAGGGUUACUAGCUCUACAGCGGGAAAUGUACAAACAAGACGCGAUAUUUGAGGCAACUGAGCCUUUACCCACAGAACCGCCUGUACCUGAAGAGGGCACUCCUGAAUCGUCCGUUAUAACACCCGAAGUUAUGGCCAAGCGCAAGGAAAGGCUGGACCGUCUAAAGUCAGAGAGCGCAGAACGAUGGGCAUCUAGGAAGCGCCGCCGUCGCACUCGAGGCUGGGCCGGAUUACCAGCUGAUCCACCCGGCCCCCCACGAUUUCCCUCCGAGACGACAAUCGACGAGAGUAAGCAAUAUCUCAAUCUUGACAGUACAAUGUACCGCCAGCUUCGGGACCGGUUUCAACGAAUAUGCGAAGGAUCCGGUUUCAUCAAGAAAACAGUCGCAGGCCCAGAAAAGUGGCAAGCAGCGAAAGAUAAAUUGAUACAGGAAUCUCCGCAUCUCCAGCAGGUCUUCAACGCUGAACCGAACGAGCGUGAUGCGAAGAUCCUCGCAUUAGAUGUAGUCUGCACUGAUGUCACAAAACGAAUGAGGACAUUAGAGAGACGAAUGACGAUCGCCGAAGCAAAGAAUGCUCUUGGCAUCAAUCCCGAAGAGAGCCGACAAAUUCGAAAUGCCUUUUACGACACCCUGAAAGGGGACCAUUUCACAAGCAAGCUGGAAGCAGGCGACGAGCACUGGCGAGAACUAAAAGCGCAUUGGAUUCAAGAUACACCAUUACUACAACGAAUUCUUGAACCGGGCCCGGCCGACCCUCAACACACGGAUAAAUUGAAAGCCUUAGAAGUUUUAUGUCGCGACGUAAUGAAAAGACUUCGCGAUGACCAAACAAAACGAGACCCAGCUCGCAAGAGAUCAUCUGCGCGCGCUGAAUCACAAACUUCCCCUCCUUCUACCGCAACCCCUAAUAUCCUCAGCAACGAAAUCAGCAACGGCAUCAGUACGCUUGCAUCUCAAGCUCUUGCCAGCGCACCGAUCACAGCAAGUGAGAUCGGCGAUAUGCAAAUUGACCCUACACUGCUUCAGGCCGCGAAUGAUCCUGCCUCUUUCUCAAAUACUCAACACGACGCAGCGAAUGCAUUUGAAUACAUGGACCCCAUGCUUCACUCUGCCUUACUCAACACGCCUGUUACAUUCCAGGUUCGUCACCAAGUGGACAUUAGUCCAUGGGUCGAGAAACUCCCGACGCGGACUAUAGAGGAGAUCCGGCAAUUGACUGCGAAUCGAUAUCCGUACUCGAUCAUUACCAAGAUCGAGGGGCUGGGUCAAGACGAACAUGGAGAAGAAAUUUAUUUUGCUAUUGAGGAGGAUGAUGAAUUAGAUGCAUAUUUGACACAUACGCAGGGCAGGAAAUCUUCAAUAGUCCUGACAUUGGGCUCGGUUUAA